AUGCGUCUCGCCGCUCUUCUCGCUAUCGCCGUCGUGGGCGUCAAGGCUGUCGACUACGACAGCUCUCUGAACAUGACCAUUGACCCCAACACUGUCGAUGAGUCGACCCGAGCUUCCUGGUGCCGUGCCCAGUCCGACAGCUGCACUAUUCUCUGCGACAAGGAUGACAUUGAGAACGACUGCGACUACACUGAUCUCUCAUACAACUGCACCUGUGGCAGCAACAACUCGGCCCCGGCCCUGCAGUACUACCAGCAGACCCUGCCCACCUUUAUCUGCACUCAGCUCUUCGAGACUUGUAUCUCGACCAACACUGGCAACGCCACCGGUCAGGAGGCUUGCACCGAUGACAUCGGCGACCUGUGCGGCACCGUUCCUCCCAGCAAGGCCCCCGCGAGCAGCAGCACUGCGUCGUCGAGCUCGGCCGAAUCUACUCCCUCUGCCACCAAGACCAGCGACUCGUCCAGCACCAGCAGCACCAGCACCAGCACCAGCGACAGCAGCGACGACGGCGAUAGCGCCGCCACCACCGCUGGACCCCGCGGUCUCCUCACCAUUGCCGUUGCCGGUGUCGCCGCCGGCCUCGUCGCCGUUCUCGUCUAA